AUGGCGGGGGAGAAAGGGCCCAGCAAGCGAAGCACCAUGGAUAUCAAGCGACUGGCCAGCCUCAUCCAGAGAGGGACAGGUCGCCUACUGGUGAUUGAUAGCAGGACCUUUUCCGAAUAUAACGCGUCGCACGUGCAGGGAGCGAUCAACGUUUGCUGCUCCAAGCUGGUCAAGAGGCGGCUGCAGCAGGACAAGGUGGCGGUCACUGAGCUGCUGCAGCCCAACUGCAAAAUGAAGGUGGAGCUAGGCAGGAAGCAGGAAGUGGUGCUUUACGACCAGAGUUCCAAAGAAGCCGCUCAUCUGGCCAAAGACGGCUUUGUGCACAUUCUCAUGAGCAAAUUGGAGGGAACCUUCCACAAAGUCUCCUUGCUCACCGGAGGCUUCGCGGCGUUCUCCUCCUGCUUCCCCGGCCUGUGCGAAGGGAAGCCGCCGGCCGCUCUUCCCGUCAGCUUGUCGCAGCCCUGCUUACCCGUGGCCAACGUGGGGCCCACUCGCAUCCUGCCGCACCUCUACCUGGGUUCCCAGAAAGACGUCCUCAAUAAGGAUCUGAUGUCUCAGAACGGCAUAACCUACGUGCUAAACGCUAGCAACACGUGCCCCAAGCCGGACUUCAUCAGCGAAAGCCACUUCAUGCGCAUCCCGGUCAACGACAACUACUGCGAGAAAUUGCUCCCUUGGCUGGACAAAACCAACGAAUUCAUCGACAAAGCCAAGGUGUCCAACUGCAGAGUCAUUGUGCACUGCCUGGCCGGAAUCUCGCGUUCGGCGACCAUCGCCAUCGCGUACAUCAUGAAGACCAUGGGCCUGUCGUCGGAUGACGCCUACAGGUUCGUAAAGGACCGAAGACCCUCCAUAUCUCCCAACUUUAACUUCCUGGGUCAGCUGCUGGAGUUCGAGAAAGGUUUGCGACUGCUCCGAGCGUUAACUUCAGGCGCCGACGACGAGAACCCGGAAGGCCGCUCCGACCUCAACGGCGUCGACGCGUGUUUGGAGAUGAACCCCGGUCGCUACGACUCGCCUGCGGCGGAGCCCCAAAACCCGGAGCCCAAAGUAGCGUCGCCCUCGUCCCUCCGGCGGGGCUUCAACGGCCUGCGCCUCUCGGCCGACAGGAUCGUGGACACCAAUCGCCUGAAACGUUCCUUCUCCCUGGACAUUAAAUCGGUGUACUGCCCCGACGGCCCGCGCUCGGCCGCCUUGCCCGCGCACUCCCAAGACGUCCCCAAACUGUGCAAACUGGACAGCCCGACCUCCGACGGCGUCCCGGACAGUCCCGGCUCCUCCGACUCGCCCUUCCCUUCGCCGGGAAGCGAGGGGGUCCACCGGCCCGCCUCUUCCAGGUCCAGGAGGAAAGCCAAGCACGGCUCCGGCGCGUCGCCGAUCCGUUUCCGGCAACUCCCGCUGCUGCCGCCGCAGUCCCUCUGCCUGUCUCUGGACGAGAACUCCAAGUGUCCCUCGCUCCUGGCGCCGCCCUCUCUGCCCUCCCUGGGUUCCGGCGCCAUGUGGACCAAACACAGAGACGGCGUCCGGGCCGGCACCCCCGUCACUCCCGUCGCCGCCGAGGACCCGUGGCGCUCGGAGGAGGGCGGCGAACCGGAGCCGGACGGCGGAGGGACCCGCUCGCCCCUCCGCUUCGGGAGCAGCUCGGCGUACGUGGCGUUCGGCUGCAGCGAAGCGGCGCGCUUACGGGACAAACCCGCCAAGGAGAAGCCGCCGCGCGACGCCAACAACGACAAACAGUUCAAGCGGCGCAGCUGCCAGAUGGAGUUCGAGGAGGGCAUCUCCGAAACGCGCUCCCGGGAAGAACUGGGCAAGAUCGGGAAACAGUCCAGCUUCUCCGGGAGCCUGGAGAUCAUCGAGGUCUCCUGA